UUUGAAUGUACCAGAUGCUUCAGUGAUAAACUCAUUUUACACGAAAGAAAUAAAAUGGACUUCUGUAUAUUAUUGCUGCUGGUCUCCAUCAUUUACUCAUCGAUUCUCUCGUGUACAUUUGCUAAUACGGAUUGCGGUUCUUGCCAUUCCAUUUGUAAUGAAAUUAACGGAGGAAUAACGGUUGAUCGUAACAUAAGUUAUCAAAGAUGUAUAGGACCACCCGGACAGAAUGGGUCUCUUGGUCUGAAAGGAGAACCUGGCACCCGUGGACCUCCUGGUCAACACUGCCUCUGCGAAGAAUACAAAAAUCUUUUGAGUCAAGUAGAGUUUCUGCGGGAAGAAUUAGAAGUGUUCAAAAAACAUUCCAAGAUGGAAUUCUCGGAAUGGAAAAAGGCAAAAAAUGGGAUGUGGUAUCGGUUGUAUGAAGACCGAGCAAAUUGGGAACAAGCAAAAUUAAAUUGCGAAGCAGAAAACGCAAGAUUGCCUUCGACCGGAAUGAGAAAUAGAACCAUACGAAAGGAAGUAUUUCGUGGUUUACCGAGAACAAUAAAGUAUCUGUGGUUGGGAUUCAACGAUAUCCAGCAAGAGGGAAGAUGGGUCUGGUCAGACAAUGUCGAACUCUUCGAUUUCUACUGGCGGGGAGGAGAACCAAAUAAUGCUUGGGGUGUCGAAGAUUGCGCUCGCCUUAGAAUUGAAUCGCAUGAAACAGGGAAAAUAACAGUAAACGACCUCCCUUGCACUCAGAUGGCUAUAACUUCUCGUUAUAUAUGCGAAUACGUGCCGUAGUGUCACGGCGUAAUGAAGACUAAAUUUAAUAAACUUAUACUCAUUCCACCCCAAAGUCUUUUACGGGCGCUGUCGAUGGCGGACACCGGAACGUAGUACAGUAUGUGUACCAGGUUAGGGUUAGGCCAUAGUUUUAUUCCAAUUUUCC